CGCAAUAAAGGUGAGGCAAGCCACUUCAGGUAGAUGCGCGGUGAGCUCACCCAUCCCGCUGCAGCAUGCAUACGUCAAGAAGAAGUACCGAGCUCAGUGCCAUGGCUACGACCAGCGGCAACAGACGACGCUUUCCCGGGGAGCGGCGGAACGACAGAGCGCCGCAGUUGAAUUCGAAGACGUACCCACCGCUAGAGCUCAUGCACGGAGCAGGUUGUAUCUCCCAGGAGAAGGUUGUAUCGGAGAAUCCGCAGCAGCAGGAGAACGGGUUUCCGGGGAAAGCCCAGAAUGACGUGGAAAAGAAGACAUCACGAGAGAAGGCCGAAAGAAAGACACCCGGGAAAAAUAUUACACUGGGAGCACCGCAGGGAAAUUACGAAACAAACCAAAAGACUGUUAUGAGAGAUGGAGCGCCUGGAGAGAAGGCACAAAAUGAGAGACUACAGGAGGCGAACCCCAUCAGGGAGACUCCGCGGAGGUUCGGGAGAGAAGCACCCCGCUGGCGGGGCGUAGAGGAGGAGCUGAGCUCUGUGAGAGAGGAGCUGAGUGAGACGGUGGAGGAUUCGGCGCAGGCUGCACACUGCGGGCUGCAGCUGCUGAGAGAGCGACAGGCGCUAGAGGCGAGGUUGCUCGCGCUGACACAGCGCUACGAUGGCAGCCAGCAGCGACUACACUCAUUCUACAAGCUCCUCUCCGGUUACAAGGCGGUAGAGCAGCACGUUAUAGAGGAGGAAAACGAGGAAGGCUCGCAGCCCCUACAUGCUAGCCACGCCGAGCGACAGUGGCGCCACGUAGUGAGCCAACUCGAAAACGUGAAGAGCGCAAGUUACGCGCUGGAGGACACCGUCACCGAGAACGAGCGACUCAAGGCCGUCCACUCAGCGCUCAGCGCCGAGACACGUGACCUGCAGACGAGCGUCGGCUCGCUCGACGACGAACUCAACCGACGACUCAUCGAUUACUCCGACUACGAGCUGCUGGCCGACGACGUGACGUCACUGCGCGGCGAGGUGACGUCGCUGCGAUCGUCGCGCCGCAACAUGGCGGUACUGUCGCGCCAGCGGGACAGCUUGGAGGCGGACGUGCGAGCGCUGACGGCGCAUGCGCAGACGCUGCGCGCGCGGCGGGACAAGUACCGUAGCAAGCUUGUCGAGUUUCGCAUCGCGCUCGAGUACCAUCGUCUGCUGCGUGAGAGCGUCGAACAGCGCGCCCUGGCGGCGCAACCCGGCGACACCUGGCGGGGAUCCGAUGAAGCGAUCGCCAGACGAGACGCAACGACGAGAUGCGGGCGUGGCGACGUCACGUCCGGUGAUGACGUCACGGGAGGACUUAAUCCAGACGGUCCAGAUGCGCGGAUUUCCGUUCCGGAAGACGACGAAGAAAUAUGGCCGCCAGAAGAAUUGGAUAUUUAUGACCAGAGUUCUCCGUUUGGGUCGUUGAGUCCGAAAUAUAGCGAUUCUAGAUCGGUUGAUAGCGAUAGUAGUGUGAAUAAUGUUUUAAGUUUUCCUCACAAUCACUAUGUCGAUGAUUCCCUAUCAAAAAACUUAAUAUCGAAAAAACAAAGUGACGUAAUCACGAUGAACCAAAUCACGCCGCCGAGAGAGGGCAGCACAAGUAACCGUGUCAACUUGCUCAAAAUGAAAAAGUUGCAGACGAAGUUUUACGUUCCAAAAUUAACGCCGUAAAUUGCAGACGACAAACGAGGGAAUUUCGCGAGAGCGAUCACUUGCGAAGGGACGUGGGAUGACGUCAGAUGAUGGCAUGUGUAUAUUGCGUCACAUCAUUAAGCGCGUAUUUUGAAUCCGCUGUUAAAAAUAGACACGUGUUCAAACUAAUGCUGAUAUUGAGUUACGUUUCUGGUAUUUAAUUGUUACAUAAAUAGUAUUUUUAUUAUAGUUGUUGUUAUUAUUAUUAUUAUUAAAUCAGCGUCAACAAAG